AUGUGCAGCUACUCGAUGCGCCAGAACACUGAGUAGUAACCACAACCGGUAUGCAAAUUGACAUUGGUAUAGAAAGAUUGAGUUUGGCAUGUAGUGCACAACUAUGACUGAACCACGUAUUCGAGACUGUCUCGGAGCUAAGAUGUGGGUUUGUCAGCCUUGCAAGUCCGGAAUCUUGAAGACAGAACGCUACUGGGAUCUAGUCAGCGGGGAUUUUGACCUCGAAACACUAAAGGAACAAAGCAACCUCAAGCCUAUGCUUCAUACAGAUGGAUUUCGUCAACCAGCAGAUGAAGGGCAUUGCACCAAUUCACCACUUGGAUGCGAUAUCAAAUCGGAUGUCAAUGCGAGUCAUCUCAGGUUUGGUGAAUGUAUCUCGGCAGACAGCGUUGAUGUUUGGGACCCUCAAGAAACGUUCUGGCAAUAUGUCCGACUAGAGUUGAAAGAAGAGAUUUAUUCCCCAAGAAGUUUGAGGUUGUUUCCCAAUAAAGCUAGACUCCAACGGAAGAACCUUGAUCCGGUAUUAUUCAAAGUGCCGACUUCAACUGUACGAAGCCAGAGCCGGAAAAGAAAUCUGGAGCAAACACUCUGAUGGCAUCUCAUAUAUACGUCUGCAAAGCCUUGUGUAGCCUAACAAGCAUGCCGUUUCGUUAUGGCACAGGGUCUAGUUGCACUCCGAUGAGUCUCGGCACCAUCGGUCGCGUUUCGCAUCGCCAUCUGCGCACUUCAUUUCUAUCUUCUCGAUCAAAUAUGAACAGGAA